AUGAGAAGUUGCAAGAGACGUCGUGUGAAUCAUGAGAGAGACGACUAUUACCAAACUCGGACGGAUUUUUCAAAGGAAGAGAUUCAAAGAAGCUGCGAAUUCUUGCAAAAACUGAGAAACUUGGAUGAUGAUCAGAGAAUCUUUAAUCAAUGCCUCGACGCGAUGAAGUCUUACAAAUCUGGAUCAAUAACCUUCGUCGAUCUCAGAGACAGAGUCGUUUCCAUUCUCCGUAACCGCGACGGUUUGCUCGAAGAGUUUCGUCAGCUUUUGUCUGAUUCAUCUUCUUCUUCUUCUUCUCGUGAAAGUAACUCAAUCAAAGAGAAGAAACCAGACUUGCAACGCACGGUUGAUUUCUUGAACAAACUAGAAGCUUUGGGAGAUAAAAGUGUACACAGAGCGUUUUUCGAUGCGUUAUGGUUUUCUGGUGAUAACGAGGCUCUUGUUGAAAAACUCGACGUGAUUUUUCACGAUCACAAGUCUCUGAAAGAAGAGUUUGUAACGUUCCUAAUCGAUUCACGUUUACUCAAACCAAAACGCGUUUUGGAGGCAGCAGCUAAACCUAAACCCAUUACAGAGGAUACGCAAGAGGAAUAUUCUUGCUCCUCUGAUGCUCAAAGGAGAGAAUUAAACGGGAAAUACGUUUCCAUUGGUAAGUAUGAUCCGGAGAAAGUAGUGAAGAAGAAGAGUCGGCCUCCACGCGAUGUGGACAUGAAUGAAUUCGAGGACAAAUGUAUGCAUCAGGGCAUGUUCUUACAUAUCCUACCUUCUGUCAUUAACUACGGGGAGGGUCGUGGCUUGUUUAGUACGAAGCCGCCUGUGAGAUUUAAGGAUUUCUUGCGAUGGUAUUAUGGAGAAGAUAGGAAAGUGCCAGAAAUAUUUAAGACACAACCGAGACUUGGGGUACAAGGUAUUUUAUCUGAGUUGGAGAGACUGCAGGAGGAGAUGAAAGAGAAGCGAGAAACUAGGAACAGAAGAAUCUAUGAACGUGUGAACAAGUGA